UUCGUUUCUCGGUAUAAAUAUUGCUUUGCGCCUGUGCAGUUUUACAGCCAAAUUAAGAGGACUGGAAUUUGGUGAGUGGAGAUGACAAAGGUGUAUCCCAAUGCCACUGCAGCCAUCUGCGGAUCCGAGGGAGUGAAUCUGUGCAUCGGCGUCGGACGAGACGCGGCGGUCCUGACAGUGUGGAAGAAGUCUCUGUUGUUCAACUGCAAUGGCUUCACGGUGUUCGACGGCAAGGGGAAUUUGGUUUUUAGGGUGGACAAUUAUGUUGCGGGACAUAAGGGCGAGAUUGUCCUCAUGGACGCCUCCGGCAAGCCUCUUCACACCAUCCGCCGCAAGAGGCUGAGUUUGGGCGAUAAUUGGAUGGUAUACGACGGAGAAACCGCGGAGAAUCCACGGUUUCAGGUGAGGAAGCAUGCCAAUCUGCUGAACUCGAAGUCGUUGGCACGAGUGAGUGGAGGUGGUGGCGCCGGCGGCAGCAGCAGCAGCAGCAGCAGCAGCAGCCCGAGGAAGGCGAUCUACGAGAUCGAAGGGUCGUACUCGCAGCGGUGCUGCGCAGUGUACGACGAGACGCGGAGGUGCGUGGCGGAGAUAAAGCGGAAAGAGGCGAUGGCGGGAGUGGCCCUAGGUGUGGACGUGUUCCGCCUCGUUGUGCAACCGGAGAUGGAUACUCCGGUGGCCAUGGCGCUUGUGAUCUUGCUUGAUCAAAUGUUCGGAUCUUCAAAACGCUUCUCCGUCUGAUUCUUCAUCCUCCAUUGCUUCUUUCAGCACAUACAAACAUCGACCACCAUUGAAUGGGUCCAAAAGCGAAUAACAUAUGGCGGAUGAUCUCCUUCUUCCCUUAUCAUAUCAAACACCCUGCUUUUAUAAAAUUAAAAAAAACAUUUUUAUGUAUUUUGUCUAUAAUCCAGACUGCAGUACUCAACUUCUCCGAAGAAGAAAAUAUGAAAAAGAAUCAUGUAAAGGACUCAACGGGACGCAGUGAUGGAUGUGAAUCAGUGGCCUCAGCUCAGCUCAUUCCAGCGAACCUUCCCCAACCUUUUUGUUAGUUUUUUUAGAUGGGGUUGAUUUUGAAUGUUCGAGGCUUUGAGCUUGGUUUUUUCGUUUUAUAUAAAAGGCUGAGCUCCGAAUAUAGGGGUGUAUAUAUAUUUAAGAUAGCUCGAGAAAAAGGGAAAAACCAAGAAACAAAAGGUUUGUAGCCUCCUCGUUUCUCAAAUGAAUCACACUGUGUCUCUGUAUAUGAUUAUUUUCUUGUUGAAUGGAAUUGGAUUGGGCCCAA